AUGGGCGUGUGCGGGCAGGCGGACGAGAUGCUGGAGAAGAUCUACUCGAACAUGUCGGCGUGCCACCUGAGGCAGAACAACUGGAAGCGGGCGAUCGAGACGGCGGACAAGGCGAUAGCGCAGAACGAGAACAACUACAAGGCGCUGUUCCGGAAGGCAAAGGCGCUGGGGGAGACGGGGUACUUUGAGAAGGCGGAGAAGAUUCUGGAAGAGCUGCUGAAGAAGAACGAGGCAGAUGCGGCAGCGAUUAAUGCGGAGCUGAGCCGGCUGCGAACGAUGGACAAGGAGCGCGAGAAGGUUCACAACAAGAAAUUCAAAGGGUUCUUGAACAGGGAGAAGAAGACGGGGGGAGACGAGGAGAUGGAGUGA